GUCACAACGUCCAUUGCUUCUCCAUCCAUUGCCGUUUACUAUGCACUUUCAUGACAUGGACGCUGAGACACCUACAUCCGAUAAAAGUCCCUUAGAACGAGUCGCCGCCAUCGCUGAGCUCUGGGCAAACAUCCUUGCGUUCAUGAAUCCAAGGAUGGUCCACCGCCUGCGCCUCGUCUCCAAACGUCUGUAUAUAGCAUGCAUCCCGUACUUUGGAAUCACCUUUCCACUCAACGGCCGAACGCUCCCCGAUGCAGCAUCAGAUCCUCAAUUCCCGACAGAUCUUAUCGCCGGUCUCCGACUUCAAACAUUCGACCAAGUAUCGCCACCGCUCGCGGACGUUAUUCAGAAAUGCAUCAAUGUCAACUCCCUGGAGAUUUUCGACUGCAGUCUGGACGUCAAAUUCCUAGAGGACGUCAUGCGACUGAGUCCCAGAAAUCUGAGGCAUCUCAUCAUCCACUCACAAGGUUUUAUCACGCUGAAAUCCGUGGUCAAGGUCGUACUCGAGUUCGGUGCGGCUGCACAGAUGCAGUCGCUUGAUCUGGAUAUCUGUACCACUGGGUUGGAUGAGACGCUCUCGUUACCCUGGAACACCCUUCAAUCGAUACUCGGUGCCUGCUCAUCCCUAACAUCCCUCUCGCUAAGAAACGCCAAGAUCAUGGAUGUAUCUGAACCACUGGAGGGGAUCGACUCGUUGCAUGCCGCCACGGCAAGGUUUCCAAACAUUCUUUCGGUCGAGCUAGAUCAGUGCGAUAUCUCUGGCGUUGGACGCGUUCGAUUGCUGAGGAUGUUUCCGAGGUUGAAGGCUCUUAUCAUGAUCUGUAGAGACACAGUAUUUGAUGUCUUCAACAGUGACGCCGAUGGCGUUUUGAAGAGCGCGUUAGAUAUCGAUGCAGGAGCGGCUGAUCGAGAGCUUUGCAGGAAUCUGAAGCAUGUCAGCGUGCGACGCACCAACUCGCGUUCUCAGGCGGAUCAACAUGCCCUGUAUCGGUUCUUAGGCCAACUUCCGAGGUUGGAAUCGCUGGAACUGACGGGAUGCAGCGUAAGCAGCCAGGAUUUGUUAGAAAUGGCGGAGGAGUGGACCCGUCGUAAUGUACGACUGAGGCACCUAUGUCUGGACCUCAAUCAUCGUAAAGUGAAUGAAGAAGGCAUGGAGAGGAUACUGAGACAAGGGUGCUGUUCAAGACUUAUCGGCCUUGAUACAGAGUUCGGUCCGGAUUUGAUCCUCAGGUUCUGGGACCAAGAGACAUGCAAAUCGGGCCUACCGUUCUUGGAGACUCUUCAAAUACUUCGCCUCAGGAGGCAGGAAGAUAUCGAGGACCUGGAAGAGGAUGCGCUGCAAGUUUUGAACCUUACGUUGAGACAGAUCCCAAGACUGGUGGAUCUGACAAUUGCUACUCGAUUGAACGACUUUGCGGUGUUCCAAGGAUUGGGCCGUGACCCAGAGGUGCCUCUUCCUGCACCUGGCUCCGCCUCCUUCCAUACGAAUUGGCUACAGGAGCGACCGUUACUGCAAACGCUGGCGAUCGGCUGUAGCAGUGAGCUCUUUCAUAGCAGGCUGAACCAGCUACCACGUCAAGUCGGAAGGCGCUUCCGCUUCCUCGAAGGUAUGCACUUUGUCUCCAGAUAGCGUACCUGCGUGUGCCAUGCGCUUUUAAAUAUAAAUGCUGCACUUCAUAUGUGCAGAUCAUAGCGAGAAAAAAAAAUGGCCAAAGAGAAGAUCGACUAUAGGUGCCAAUGGUUAAAGGAGGAGAUCAGAGUUGUCUUUGGGAUAAGCGCAUAGUCGCAGCUGAAAGAUGCACCUCAUUUUCCCAGAUGACUCCAGCCGGAGCUGUGCAUGGGGGC